CUCAUCACUGUCAUUACAUAAAACUAUCACAAACACAAAAACAUAUUUUGAAAUUAUUAUAUUUUUAAGACUUACAUGGCUGAUUCAAAAGUGUUUAAUAUUUCCAACCUUGAGGAGGAAUUAUCUGUGAGAUCGGAAUGCAGCAAAAGUGAAAAGAAAAAAGUUGAGCCUGGAACAUCCUUCGAAGUGUUCAGAAACAACACUACAGCGGUGGAAGUCAUCGUGAAAGAAGUCCCUCAGAAAUCAAAGAAACAACUGCCUGCAGACGACCUCAAUCUCAACGAUGAGAAUCUCAAAAUGAAGGCAUUGGAGGAAACCAAUGAAGUUUUGAUGAAUAAAUUGAUCAAAUGCAAUAUCCACUUGAAGAAAACAACAAGUAGAUAUAAUUCUAUCUUCGCUGAACUGAAGAAACGAGCAGACACAGCUUAUACCCAACAGCUUGAUGCGCAAGAGAGAUGCCUCAAUCUCCAAUUUGAAAAUGAAAAAUUGAAAGUGUUAUUGCACGCCAAAACGAAUUUGGUAGUGAAGUUGAAACAAGAACUGAUCAAUCUAAAGAAAGCUAUAAAGUUCGUCAUAAAAAACAUUUCAGUUGUGCCACAUGUAUCGCAAGUUUCACUCCACUCUGACUCGGAGUAUGAGGUUUUUGAGAAAGAUUUGACUAAAGAUUGUAACAUUAAAUAUCUAGGAAGUUUCUACGACGGUACACUAACGAUCAACACCCCUAAUUUGUCAAAAAUAUAAAAGGCUCAACAGAUAAAAGACUAAGUUAUGUUAUGUAUUUGUAAAUAUGUGAGUUGUACUUUGUAUUGCUGUCGUAUUAAUAAAUCUUUGACAAAUAUUGUAAAAUGUUUGCCUAAUA